CUUUAUGAAGCGGACGACUUGCUGGAUGUAAUCUCCACUGAAGCUUUACGACGGGAAGUGAUGACACGGAAUAAGAAAGCAAAAGAGUGAUUUUACCAAACUGGUCAGCCUAAGGCUUCUUGAGAUCAAUACUACUUUUUCUUUGACUAACAUUCCACGCGAAUUGAAGCAAAUGACUGGUAUUCAAGAUUUGUCAUUAAUUUGUAUAAGAAUGAAUAGCGGUUCACGCUUUAAGCGUAACAGUGGAUUGAAGGAACUUCAUGAACUAAGAGCGUUGAAACAGAUACCAUCGUUCACAGCUCUUGUAAAUUUUCGGUUAGAAGACUAUAACAAAUGCCAACAUCUGCCACCGUUGGGGCAAUUUCCUCAUCUCAAGGGUCUCUAUCUCAUCAAAUUGGAUUCUCUAGAGUACAUGUCAGAGAUAGAUUGCAGUAAGGAGCUCUCUAAUUCUUCAUUCAUCCCAUCUCUAAAAAGAAUCGAACUCUCUUGUUGCCCUAAUCUAAAGGGAUGGUGGCGACAGACAAGGGAUUCUUUGGAGGAAGACGAUGAUAACAGUCAUUUGUUGCCCAUUUUUCCUGGUCUUUCUGACUUAGAAAUUGAGAAUUGCCCUAAGCUUACUUCCAUUCCUCUGUUUCCAAACGUCAAAAGGCUGACAUUGGAUAUGUGUAGCUUGAAGCCAUUGAAGCAGACAUCAACACUCCAGAUUGAGAUUGCCAACUCCUCCUUUGCCCCUCUCUCCAAAUUAGAAUAUCUGGAAAUUGGGACCCUAAAGGAGCCUUUACCCAACCUGUCCAACCUCGUUUCUCUCUGUUGUCGUGGUCCUCCUCCUCAAGGUAUGCAACAUUUCACUACGCUUGAGAAAAUGACAAUUGCGUAUUCUAUGGAGGUUGAUUUAUCAAAUUUUUGGGACGCCGUAGAAUGGCAAGGCCUUAAGAGCCUUGAAAUUACGAGUUGCCCCAAUUUAAUUUCGUUGCCUGAAGGGAUGGGAGGCCUUACCUCUUUGCAUAGACUACAUAUUUGGUGUUGCCCCAAACUAAAAUCACUGCCUGAAUGGAUACAAGGCCUUACCUCUUUGAAUACGCUAGAAAUUGGUGCCUGUCCCAUCUUACUGGAAAGAUGCAACAGAGAAACAGGCGAAGAUUGGCCAAAAAUUGCUCAUAUACCAAACUUACUUGAAGUUUGGUAUCUGAGGAGGGGAUAUAAGUCAGCAACAAACCAACUGAGAUGAAGAACCAAAUGAACCACAGAAGACUCGCUCAUAAUAAUUGCAACUUAAUCAAACCAAUUGGGCUGUUCAAAAAUUCAUCAACUAACCAUAGAUAUCAGCAACAUGACUGGAUGUAUUGUUUUGAUGUGUACUUCAGGAUUUGAUCAACCAUUGAGACAGAGUAAAAUUGGGCACAAACCACAGAGUGAUAUCGGGGUAAUAUUGUGGGAAGAAUUAAAUUUGGCAGUCAUUCUGCAGGAA